UGGUUCCGCUCUGUCUGUCGCCAGACAGGGUGACGCACAGAGCUACGCAGUUAACCAUGGACCCCACUUGUGCUUGUGAUACUGAUGAAUCCUCCUUUGACAUCCAAAAGAUGAAAGCAGAACUGAUGCAGCUAAGAGCCGAGAUUAAGCAGCUUCAGACCGAAAACAAGGUUAGAAAAGUGGCUUUCUCUGCUGCAUUGCUGGAGUCAGGUGACAAGUUUUUUGGACCAUUUAAUACUGAUACUACUCUUGUGUAUAAGUAUGUUACCACAAACUUUGGACAUGGCUACAACUCAACAACAGGCAUCUUCACUGCCCCGGUCAAAGGAGUGUACCACUUUGAGAUUUUUGCACUAUGCAAUUCUGGUCACCCUGCUGAAGCUUAUCUGAUGAAAAAUGGGUGUGGUGUGUUUAUGGCGCAUGAAAGCAAUGGUUCUGGAUGCACCACUGCGGGGAAUGCAGUCUCACUGUCUCUGGAGUCUGGAGAUGUGGUCUAUGUCGUUUUGCCUGCCAGCCGCAAACUUUAUGACAACCAUCAUCGCCACAACACAUUCAGUGGUCACCUGCUGUUCACACUGUAAUAUGUGCUUCUUCCUCUUAUCUGGGACUGGGUCAUAUGAGCUGCAGCUGGGACUCCCAGACUUCCCUUCCCCAGACUUCCUCCAGCUCCUCCAGGUUGAAAAUCAUGUUGGCCUAUAAAAGCAUGCAAUAAUAAAAUACAACUUUAAUCUCUUAAGAA